CUAAACUAGUUAUCUUCGAUUAAUAUUUUAUUUUUUUUGGGCUAAUAUGAAAAUUAUGGGCAUUGAUGCCUAUGCUUAUAAAAUGGUGCCAGCAGAGUAAUCCAUUGCAGUAAUCAAUCCAGUACUUGUAGAAGCUGCUUUCCAUGGCUUCUCUUCUGCUGCUGCUUCUGCUUUCAUUUCUACCAUUUCCCAUCAUCUCUUCCACAAUAUCAAUUCAAACCACCAAGCCUUACAUAGUUUAUAUGGGAAGUUCAUGGAACUUUGAUCAUAAUGCAAGAAUAGAUGCUACAAUUGCAGAGUCUGCCCAUUUGCAAAUAUUGUCCUCCAUUAUACCCAGCCAAGAGAGUGAAAGAAUAUCUUUAAUUCACUCUUACCACCAUGCUUUUAGGGGAUUCUGUGCAAUGCUUACAGAAGAUGAAGCUUCCUUGUUAUCUGCAGACCAUGUUGAGGUCCUAUCUGUCUUUCCUGAUCCUAAGCUUCAACUCCAUACAACUCGAUCGUGGGAUUUCUUGUAUUCUCUAUCUGGCAUUGGAUCAAAGCUUGGUCACCAACACCAUCACCAUCACCUGUCAAAUGAUGUUAUAAUUGGAGUAAUAGAUACAGGCAUAUGGCCUGAGUCUCCAAGUUUUAAAGAUGAUCACAUUGGACAAAUACCUUCAAGAUGGAAAGGAGUUUGUGAGGAAGGAUCUGAUUUCAACAAGUCUAAUUGUAACAGGAAAUUGAUUGGUGCAAGAUAUUACAUUUCCGGUGGGUCUCCGAGGGAUGCUCUGGGCCAUGGAACUCACUGUGCAUCUAUUGCAGCUGGUGCACCUGUUGCAAAUGCUAGUUUUUAUGGUUUAGCAAGAGGUACAGCUAGAGGUGGGGCUCCCGCUGCUAGGAUUGCAAGCUAUAAUGUAUGCAAAGGACGCAAUUGUUCAGGUUCUACUGUACUAAAGGCAAUUGAUGAUGCUAUUAAGGAUGGGGUUGACAUAAUAUCAGUUUCACUUGGACUUACUUCACCUACUCAGCCAAAAUUUUUAGAAGAUCCUGUUGCAAUCGGAGCAUUCCAUGCUGAAGAAAGGGGAGUCAUGGUUAUUUCUUCUGCAGGAAACCAGGGACCAGAUGCGUUUACAGUUUCAAACACAGCUCCAUGGAUUCUUUCAGUUGCAGCUUCUAGCAUUGACAGGGAUUUUCAAUCCACUGUAGUGCUUGGCAAUGGAAGAACUAUUAAGGGAUCUGCAAUCAAUUUUUCGAAUCUCAGUAGGUCAAAGAUGUAUCCACUGGUACUUGGGGAGGAUGUUGCUAUUAAUAACACUCUUGUAUCAGAUGCAAGGCAAUGCAUUCCAGGAUCGUUAGAUCCUGAAAAGGCUUCAGGAAAGAUAAUUGUAUGCAUUACUAGCGACCCAACUAUUCGGACAGAACUUGCCGAAGCCAAAGGAUUAAUUUUAGUUGCUGAAAUCCUGGAAGUUCCUCAUACAAGUACAGGUUCUUUUCCUUUUACUGAAGUUAGGAAGAAUGCAGAGCAUAUGAUCUUGAACUACAUUAAGUCCACCAAGAAACCGAAGGCGACUAUUCUUCCAUCAGUUGAUGUCUUAGGUGUUAGACCAUCCCCAGUUGUUGCAUAUUUCUCAUCAAGAGGCCCUGGAAAUCUUACAGAAAAUAUCCUCAAGCCUGAUAUAAUGGCUCCAGGACAAGAAAUUUUAGCAGCAGUAAUUCCAACGGAUAAUGAAGUAGAUGGUCCAGAUAUUCUUAAUGGAAAGAAGCCAUUAAAAUUUGGGAUUAAAUCCGGAACUUCACAGGCUUGCCCCCAUGUAUCAGGAGCUGCUGCAUUAAUAAAGUCAGUGCAUCCGACUUGGAGUUCUUCGAUUAUCAGAUCAGCUCUAAUGACAACAGCAAUCAUUUUUAAUAACAAUGGGAAACCAUUGACAAACGACUCAGAUUACCGUGCAAACCCACAUGAAAUGGGAGUUGGAGAAAUAAGUCCAGUUAGAGCUCUUGAUCCAGGCUUAGUAUUCGAAACAGAAGUAAAAGAUUAUCUCCAUUUCCUUUGCUACUAUGGAUAUCCAAAGGAAAAAGUAAGGGCCAUGUCAAAGACAAAAAUCAACUGCCCAGAGAAUUCCAAUGAAGAGCUGAUUUCAAGUAGUAUUAACUAUCCAUCAAUCUCCAUAGGCAAGCUUGAUCAGAACAAACCAGCCCACACCAUUACAAGGAGAGUGACCAACUUGGGGCCUGCAAAUUCCUCAUAUUAUUCUACAGUUUAUGCUCCAAAAGGAUUACAGGUCAAGGUUUAUCCAGAAAAACUCACUUUUGAUGAGGGGAAGAGAAGGGCUUCAUUUAGAGUCUUGUUUAAUGGCAAGAAAGCUUCAAAGGGAUAUAAUUUUGGUAAUGUAAUCUGGUCUGAUGGGCAUCACAGAGUUCGUGUAGUUUUUGCAGUUAAUGUUGUAUCCCCUAAUACUUUGUUCUGAUAUAGGUUGUCCCGACAAGAAUUUUUAUAUCAUAAAUAAUUCCAAAGUUCGACAAAACAAAAAAACAGGAAUAAGACUGUUGAUGUAUGAGUGUAUGAAUGUGAGAUGUUUCUCGUCC